CACAAAAGGUGCAGUUUUUUUUGUGCUUGGUGUUUUUGAUUGCUCUCUGGGGAAAAUUUGGUAUUUUUGGGGAUUUAGAGGUGCUCCAAGGGGCAGUUUUUUGUGUGUGGUGCUGAAGGAGAUGUUGAGGAAUAGAGUGGAAUAGGAUGCAGAUACCAAUUCAAGUUGCUGUGCGUGUUUUUCCAAACAACUACAGCAGCAACACGAGCGUUGUCCAGGCUAUCUCGCAGAUACAUCGUCCCGGGGGCUUCUUGGACAAUGGAAAUGGGACUGAAAUGCUCACAUCGGGUCUGGUGCAAGUGGCAGGACAUUCAUUUCCCGUGGCCCAUGCUCUGCCGCUGGAUUGUAGUCAGGAAGAUGUUUUCCGGAAGACUGUUCUGCCGUUGAUUGGAGUUCUGCUGGAGGGAUUUGACACGAGUGUGGUGUCGUAUGGCCAGGUGGGCACAGGGAAGACCUACACACUCUUUGGACCGGGAUUGGAUUGUGUGCACAGUGAAACUGAGCAGGGAAUUGUGCAGAGGUCUAUUAGGGAGAUCUUCUUGAGACUUUCCGGGCUUAGGGACAGGAAUUACGUGGUGAAUGUGGGAUGGGUGGAGAUCUGUGGUGAUGAUACUGUGAAGGAUCUCCUGGAGGCGGGAAAUAUGCCAUGUAGGAGUGUUGGAGAGGCUUUUGAGUGGCUCAAACUUGGCCUGAGCAACAAGUCGAAUAAGACUUCUCAUAAUAUCUUCACGGUGACCCUGGAGCAGCAAUGGGUGUCUCCUGAGGGACUCAUCCAGCACCGACUGUCCACGGGGAGCUUUUGUGAUCUGUGUGGGACUGAUAGGAUGUACGUGAUGAACAGCAUGAAUCAACACUUGAGUAUCCCUAAAGACCUCAGGCUGCAGACUCUGGAGGACAUUGUAAACAGCCUGACAGAUCCCAAUGUGGUUCUCUAUAACAACAAUAUCCCCUAUCAUCGGACGAAUCUCACCACCCUGCUCAAGGACUCUUUUGGCGGAAGGGCGCAGACUCUUCUGCUCCUGACAAUUUCUUCCCACGAAGAGCACACCAAUGAGACAAUCCACAAUCUCCAGUUCGCUUUUAAGGCCCAAUGUGUCCGGAACUACGUGGUCAUGAACACAUUCUCUGACAACAAUACUCCUCUGACCGUUGAGAAUGUCCAGGAGGGCCUUGCUGAUCCCGUGGACACAUUUGGGCUACAAUUUGCUGCAUCCCAGUGGUUUAAGCUAGUGUCCAAUGCCGAAGGACUUCUCAGUAAGCUCAUGGCUAACUCCAGUUUGGGUCAGCAGGAACGGGAGCAAAUAGAGGAAUGGCUCUUCCUCAAAGCAGAAUGCGAGGAAUGCUUGAGCUCAGGAGAGCUCAAUGGGAAUCAGAGGCUCCUUGGACCCAUCCAGGAGACCGAUGAGCCCGAAGAGACCAGUGAUCAGGAAGCCACUUCCUGCCAGCAGAACUCUGACAGUGAUUCCGAAUCCCAGCGACCGGAUCUCGAGGAGAAAGUGGACAAUCUCAUGAGGGACUUCCAGGCAAAGACUGAUGCACUCGUCAGAGAUUGCUAUCAGGAAUUCCUCAGAUCUCACCCAAAGGCAGUUUUUGACAGUGUCGAGAGCUUCCAGGCAGCUUCCCGUGGGCCAUCUCCGCAGGAACGUCAUGGCAGACGCAAGUCCAUUCAGCCUGGACAGAGUCUGAGCAGCAUUGAAAUCGCUAUGCUCAAUCGUGUGGCCAGCAGGGAGCAAAUGGUGCUCAAGGAAGAUGCCCAGGCGGAUUUAAUUGCUCCCCGGAAUACUCAGCGGGAGCUCCUGGUGAAAAAAGUGCAGAAGAUUGAGACAGAUUUAGAAGCCACGAGGCGUCAAAUGAAGGAACUUGAGCACACAAUUUCCCUCAAACAGAGGCUCAUUGAGGAUCUGAUCAAGAACAAUGACACCCGGACAACGGCAAAGCAGAGAUUCAACAAAAAGAAGAAUAAACUUGAAGCUGAGUAUGAGAAGGCCAAGAAGCAACUGUCAAAAGCUGUGGCCAAUGGGAGGGACAAAGGGGAAAUUGAAAGGCUCAAUGCUCUGACAUCUCAUCUCGAGAAGCGCCUGCAGGAUCUGAUCUCCAUCAAACAGAUUGCCGGAGAGAGUGGUCAGACGGUGAAGAAGUUGCAGCAAUCACUGAAGGAUUCCCGGAAGCAAUUUGAGGGUCUGCAGAAGUCUGUGAAGAAGGAGAAGAAGGCCAAGGAAGCUCUGGAAGCGGAGCUGAAGGAACUGGAUUCGAAGAAUCCAUCAGAAGUGGCUCUGGUGCCGUCCGAUGGGCAGAUGGAGGAGAAGAGUCACAAUUUGAGAGCUGUGAGUGCCAGGAUUAGUCAUUUGAAUCACAUUCUGCAGGAAAAGUCUGAGACACUGGAAAAAUUUGGAGCUGGCGGGGAAAAUAAUCCACUGAGGCAUGAGAUUAGGAAUCUGAGGAGGACUCGAGAUCAUUUGCUGGAGCAACGGAUGAGUCUCGACAAGAAGCUGAAGAAGGACAAGAUACUGUCGUACAAUGAGGAGCGGAAGCUUCUGACUUACGAUGAAGCCAUCGAAGCCAUUGAUACGACAAUUGAACUGAAGAAUGAACUGAUCUGUGGCAGGAAGAGUGUGGACAUGACUGAGAGGAUGGACAGGGAAAAGGGGGAGAUGCUACUGAUGGCCAGGCUGAAUAAGCUGUCAGAAGAUGAAAUGCGGACGCUGCUGUACAAAUACUUUCUCAAAGUGAUUGAUCUGAGGGAGUCCUCGAGGAAGUUGGAGGUGCAGCUGGUGAAUCUGGAGAAGGAGAGGGAUGCCUGGGAGUGGAGGGAACGUGUCCUCAUCAAUGCUGUCCGGCAGGCUCGUCUGGAGGGUGAGAAACAUGCUGUUCUGCUUCAGAGGCAGCAUGAAUCCAAGCUCACACUGAUGCUGCGUCAUCUCAAUGAGACCAGCACAAAUUCCACCCUAACUGAUCACUUCCCUGCCCACUAUCACGACGCUGGAGAUCCCUCCAAAGCCCUACCACUCAAAGUCAAAGACAUGGAUCUCUGUCCGCUGCCCGGAGAUGGUCAACUCAGCAAGUACAAGCCCCUGGAUAAGCUAAAGGAGAAGGAGCGUGAGAGCAAGAAUAAGCUCCUGGCCAAAUUUCAAGUUCUCACGCGAUACCAUAGCAAGAGUCAAGCGGAAACUGCAAUUCCCAGUCACAAUCUCAAGCAGCUGCAGUCGCCAGCGGUUCCAGCAACAAAAGUCACUCGAGAGAAGAACAAACUCAUCAUCCAACAAGACAAUGCCCAAGGACGGCGCUAAUAUAGCUCAAUUCCUUCCCUAAAAUCCUUCUCCUCCUUCUCCCACUUUUUGUGAUACAUUUCGUGUAGACUCCGAUUCUUGGGCACAUUUCCCGAAGCUAGCUCUCUGGGACUCUUAAAAUAUUACGGCUCAAAGGACCAGAAAUACCCAAUUAGGCAGUUUUAUUAAUUUUACAAAAGAUUUUUACAGAAAAUUGUGAAGGAAACUAUCACAAAUUUUAUUCAUUUUUGAAAGGAAUUUACCAAGGGAAUGCUCAAGAAUCUCUUCAAUAUUUUUAAUUCUACAUGUACUUUUAUCAUUUUUGUAAUCACUUUUUGUCUCUACACUAUAAUCUUUUGUAAUUGUUUAUUUACGUGAAAAGAUACAAGAAAAAAUAAUAAAAUUUGUGAUUUUCACUCA